GUCACCUCGGUUACAAAAUGGCCGCGUACUGAUAUUCAAACAAAAUACAAACCAAAUAACCAACUUACUCCUCUCUACCGACUUUGUUUUCUUUGAACUUCGUAUAUUAAAAAGUAAAGAUGUCAGGGACAAGCUUGGUGCCCUAUCAACCCAAGAAGAAAACAGAUACAAGAUCUGCAAUUGAUGCAUUCAAUGAAAUAAUUCCACCAAUGGACUAUUCAUUCUGUAGAAUCGAAAACAUUAAAGAUGCGGAGGACGAGGAGCCCCGCCCUUCACCCUCACCCCGAGGCAAGCAUGGGAAGACACCAAGGCCAGAAGAGGGCAGCAAAACCAAGAGCAAGUGUCUGAAAAUGAACAACAACAGCAUAACCAACUUGGAAUCCCUUCUGGAGUUUGCGAAAGUGAAGUUUACAAGAUGGGAAGAUAUUGCGUGGAUAGAUUUGUCGCAUAAUGAACUGACAACAAUUGGACCAGAGUUCACAGAAUUUCAAGGACUACAAAUUUUAUAUCUCCAUGGUAACCAGAUAGCUGACCCAGGGCUUAUAGACCAACUUGUUCCAAUCAGGACCCUUCGAAAACUCACUCUGCAUGGGAAUCCUAUGGAAAAUGUUAAAGGUUACCGGUGGCUGGUCCUCUCCAAGCUACCACAGCUCCAGAGCCUGGACUUCAGCUGCAUAACGAAGGCCGACCGCAUGACGACGGGAACCUGGGACAAGAUGAACUGCUGGGGAAUGAAGAAGAAGAAGAAAGUCGAAGAGGAUGAAGACUGAGAGGCAAUUUUCCCCACCCUGUUCCUGUCAUUUUUGUUCAUUAUUUGUAUCAUGUAUCAUUCUUGUGGCUUACAAACCUGUUGUUGUAUAAGAUGUUACAUUCUGUGUUGUGAUUCUUGCUAAGUGUUGUCUGUAAAAAAACUAAUUUAUGGAUAUGUUAAUAUUAAGGUUUAUAUAUUUGUUUAAUGUUCAAAUUAAUUUAUUCAAUAGUUUCAAUUUUCUAUGCAUAGAACUUUUUUUUGUAUGUUUAUUUUUUUUUUUACAAUAAACAUAAAAUUUGUGAACGUUUUUAAGACUGUUUGUAGCAAGUGUAGAACGAAGAUUUCCAUCUUGUGUAUUACCUAUAUUAUUAUAUAAUCAUUUCAUUUUUGUAAAACAAUGCAUUUAUGGUGUUUAUAUGCUUUGAAUUAAUAGUAUCAUUGAAUAGUAUCAAGCUGUUUUUAUAUUGCCAUAUUAUUUUGUGAUAGGUAUUGUCGUGUUAAAAUUAGGCAUAAUUUUUUUUCCCCAAUUCACACUGAAAACUGUCAUGGUUAAGUCAGGGCACAUUAUCACCUCUUUGCCAUCCAAGAAACUACGGAAAAUAUAUAAAAAAAUGAAAACAUCAUUUACCGUCACAAAAAUAGUCUGUUAGUCUGUUUGCAAUAAAAACAUAUGGGUUAGUUCAUAAAAUUAGUGUAGGUCAGAAGACCGGGAAACAAAUAAUUAUUUGUUAUACCUGACUUUAAUUGUUGUAGGCAUUGGUGAAAUUACUUUUUGAAUACAUUUUUAUCAAUCAAUCAUGUUUUACUCUUCAAUAUUACAUUUUUGGUUUUACAAACUUUUCUAGUAAAAUUUGUUUUGAUAAAAUUGGAAAAUAUAAUAUUUGGAAAAAAACAACAUUUGACUGCAGAUGUAGAAAACCUUCCAUAUUGUUAUAUAAUUAGUGUGUUUAUAUUUUUUUUAUUAAGAAUAGUUCAAGCUUUAAAUAUUUUAUUUAUAAACAGUUGUGCUGUUGUUAUAAAGUGUUGCUGUAUAAAUUGCCUGUCUGUGAUAUAGUGGUACUAAAGCCAGUAUUGGUUGAAAUAUGCACAUAUUGAAUGAUGAUAAUUCAUGUUUUAUCUAUUUUAUGGCCACAACUAAACAUUAAAUUAGUCAAGACAUGCAACAAAUCAUUUAUUAUAAUUUUCAGUUCAGAACAUCAAUUGACUAAUAUAAGAUUUACUUGCUUGUGAUAACUAGAUGAACAUGCCAUUAAUAUAAUUUUAACCUUUAAAUCUUAGUUGUCAUUUUUAUUUCAUAGACUUUGAAUUCAAUUUUUUUAACAUCAUGAAAACAGUAUAAGAAUACUAAUUUUAUUGAAUGGUAUUUUAAGCUCUUGAAAGUGCUGUAUAUCCUGGGGAUAAACCCUUGAAAGUUCAAAUUUGUGUGUCAUGAACAAUGUUAUACUGUACUGAAACAUUCCUGUAUGCUGUCAUUAAUUGUGGUUACUUCCCCUUUAUUACAUAUGUAGUAUUAUGUACAUAACAAUAUUGUUAAAUAAUAUAUAAUAAUCAUGUUCAAGACUUUGUUACUUGAUAUCGACAAUAAAAGUGAACUCAUGAAA